AUGCUGGAGGCUAUAUUUGCAUAUUCAUUGGGCUGCUAGAAGGAGUAUUUUUGGGGACAGAAAUAUCUACAAAUGCAAACAUGGAAUCAUUUAGCAUUGGGAUUCCUUCAAUUUAAAUGGUAGCUCUUAGUCAGACCUAGAUUAAUUGGAAAAAGAAAUCAUUAUUUUUUGCAUUUUCCAGGAUACUACUUCUAUUUAUGCAGUAUUACUAAGCUUGAAAAAUUAAAGUGGCUUUCAAUACUAGAUAACCUUCCUUUCUUUGUGGUUAUUUAUGACAAAAUUUAGUAAAAGAUUACGUACUAUAAUUCUGAAAUAAGAAGGACUUUCAAUGUAACAAUGAGAGUUAGGGAGGCGUUUGAUUCCUUGUUUGUCUAAAACAUAAUAAUUAAGGGAAAGAGAGAAGUCAAAAAGGCAUAAUGCGAAAAACUCUAGUUCCCUUCUUUUAAAAAUCUUGUAGUUGAUAUGGUAUCUCAGAAUAGUAAACCAGAUGUGAGUCUUCUUUAGAACUAAGAUCUAAAGUUUAAAGAAGAGCAAAUAAAUAUUAGAACCGAAGUUGAAGAAGUGAUGAGUGUUUUUAAAUAGCAAGCCUAGAUUAAAGAUGUAGAUUUAAGCUACAAAGUUAAGGAUUCUGUCCAUUAAUAUAUCAUUUCUGAUAGAAAUAGAUUAAGGCAAAUAAUGUUUAUUCUUAUUUACAACGCUAUUAAAUACACAACCCAAGGAUUCGUGCACAUGAAAAUAUAUGCAACAAAGACUAUUGAGGAGAGCUAGGAAGAUUUAGAAAAAAAAUCAUAUUUAAUAAUUGAAAUCUAGGAUUCUGGAUGUGGAAUGAAAUUAGAUCUAACAGAUAAAAUAUUCAAAUUUCUCCACAAUAUAAAACAAAAGUAAAAAGUAAAUUAGCACGGAAUGGGACUUGGCUUGACAAUUUGUGGGAAAAUAGUCAAGGCUUGGGGAGGAUCAAUUCAAUGUAGUUCAGUAUUUGGAGAAGGGACAAAGUUUGAGAUUAAAAUACCUAUCAAAUAAGUCUAAAAGAAUCAUCUUUCAUCAAUGAGGCUUUUGCAAUUAAUGCUUUAUCGCAUAUUACUUGUUGAUGAUGAUGCUUUCAAUCUAUACUCACUUGAAUAGCUCAUUAUUAGCAGAGGCAACUUCGAGUGUGAUAAGGUGAUGAAUGGAUAAGAUGCAAUAAAAAGAAUUAAAGAAGCAAAAUAGAAUAAUGAGGAACCCUAUAGAUUCAUAUUCAUGGAUCUAAAUAUGCCUGUGAUAGACGGUAUGCAAACUACUACUAUUCUAAGAUAACUUGAUGAAACUUAAGAAGUUGAUUUAUCUAGAACUAAAAUAUAUAUGCAUUCAGCCAUAUAGCAUACUGUUCAAGAUGAUAAAGGCAUCUUUGAUGGAAUACUUGGAAAACCUAUUCACUUUAAAGAGCUUGACAAAAUACUAAAUUCUAUAUCUAAUCAAGAUUAGAACUUUUUUUGA